GCUUUAACCCCUUUUGUUUCUCACAUAGAGGAAACAAGAUACGUAACGCCGAAAAAGGAUUUUGUUUUGGUAAAAUCAAGUAUACAAUCUUCUCUUUUCGGGCUCCGCCUCUGCUACCUCUCUCUCUCUGCGUUGCUACCUGAACCUAUCUCUAUCUCUGGAAUCUCAGAGCAGCUGCCCCGUAGCCUUAUUUGAGGAGCCUGUGGUCUGGCAACGUGAAUUGAAAGUUUGGUUGGAGGAUUUUGAGUGGGAAAUGGCGGGAACUGCGAGUGAGGAGUCUGGAUUGGGAAGCUCUAUGGAUGGAAGUUCUAGUGCAGCGGAAGCAUCGGGAGAGUGGCGGUGUUCUGAACAAGUUGAAAAUGGAACCCCAUCAACAUCACCCCCUUAUUGGGACAUUGAUGAAGAUGAUGAUGGGCCAAAACCUUCCGAGUUAUUUGAAAGACAUACAUGGGAGAUAAAGAAAUUUUCGCAGAUCACUAAAAGAGAACUUCGUAGUGAUGUAUUUGAGGCCGGCGGCUACAAAUGGUAUAUUUUAAUUUAUCCCCAGGGCUGUGAUGUUUGCAACCAUCUCUCUUUAUUUCUCUGUGUUGCCGACCAUGAAAAACUUCUUCCAGGUUGGAGUCAUUUUGCACAGUUCACGAUAGCUGUGGUGAAUAAAGAUCCUAAGAAGUCAAAAUAUUCUGAUACACUCCAUCGAUUUUGGAAGAAAGAACAUGACUGGGGUUGGAAGAAGUUCAUGGAGCUAUCAAAAGUGCUAGAUGGGUUUAUUGAUGCCGACUCUCUAAUUAUAAAGGCCCAAGUGCAAGUGAUCAGGGAAAAAGCUGAUAGGCCUUUUCGUUGCCUUGAUUGUCAGUAUCGGAGGGAACUUGUUAGGGUGUAUCUGACAAAUGUUGAGCAGAUUUGUCGGCGUUUUUUGGAGGAGAAACGAGGCAAGCUGGCGAGGUUGAUAGAAGAUAAAGCUAGAUGGUCAAGCUUCCGUGCUUUCUGGUCGGCAAUGGAUCAAAAUACUCAGCAGCGCAUGUCUAAGGAGAAAAGAGAUGCAAUACUUAAAGUUGUUGUGAAGCAUUUCUUUAUUGAGAAGGAAGUCACUUCAACGUUGGUGAUGGACUCCUUAUAUAGUGGAUUGAAGGCUCUUGAGGAUCAGGCUAAAGGCAAGAAGGGGAGGGCGAAGUUGUUAGAUGUCGAAGAAAUGCCAGCUCCUAUUGUUUGUGUGGACAAAGAUAUGUUUGUGUUGGUGGAUGAUGUGCUUCUACUACUUCAGAGGGCUGCACUGGAACCAUUGCCUCCUAAAGACGAGAAAGGCCCUCAAAAUCGCACAAAGGAUGGAAGUUCUGGGGAUGACUUUAACAAGGACUUCAUUGAGCAUGAUGAAAAGAGGCUUACAGAAUUGGGUCGUAGAACUGUGGAAAUAUUUGCCCUUAUCCAUAUAUUCAGCAAUAAAAUUGAAGUUGCCUACCAGGAAGCUGUUGCUUUGAAGAGGCAAGAAGAGCUUAUCCGUGAAGAAGAGGCAUCAUGGCUAGCUGAGAGUGAGCAGAAGUCCAAACGUGGAGCGCUAGAAAAGGAAAAGAAAUUAAAGAAGAAACAGUCUAAACAAAAGCGGAACAAUCGCAAAGGGAGGGAUAGAGGGAGGGAGAGUGUUGUAACCCAAGAGAAGCUACUAGAUGAAUUACCUAGUGAAACAAGAGACUCCUUUGUGGAGGAUGAGCCACCUGUGGUUGAAAAGCCUGAUGUGAUGGAAGAUAUUUCCGAUGUGUCAGACUCAGUGGAUGGUGUUGCUGAGGUAGUUCCGCUUGAUUCAGAAGAAAGGGAUGCCAGUCUUGUCAGUUGGGAUAAUGACACAUCAGAAGUUCAUCAUUUAACAGAAGCUGGUAGCAGUGAAAUUGAUGGGCUGUCAUCUGUACCGAAUGGAACUGAUAGGAGGAGCUCAUCUGCGAUGGAUGAUAGCUCCUCAACAUGUUCUACAGACUCGGUCCCCUCAGUAGUAAUGACUGGAUCCUACAAGGGAAGUUCAUUUUCAAACUAUCAAAAUAAAAAAUUACGUAGCAGAGAGAAGAGUCGACAAGGUAAGGUCACAUGUGAUGGAGUAGGUUGGGCAAAUGGAAUGGAUAAUCGGACAACUGUGCCUGUAGUAGAUGCAAUGGAUAUUCGUGAUGCCUCUGGAAAUAGCAAAGCUGGUGAAUCUGAAUCAGAAACUCCUCAGUCCAUGCAGGGGCAGAUUAACUGCAUUGAGCAGAGUGCAUUUAAGAAAGAAGAAGUUGUACCACCCAAGAAGAAAUUGGACUCCAAAGAUCUCGAUGUGGAAAGAUCUAAUAAAGAAAAGGCAAUAGCUUCACCGCCUUCUCCCAAAAGCCCUCCCAGAAAUCUGCCAUCUGGUCUUCCAUUGAAGUCGGGGCAAAAUGUUAUGUUGAAGUCAGAGCAAAAGAUUUCCGCUCCAGUGGAUCCUGCUCCAGUUAAGAAAGUUUCAUUAAAUAGCUCACCACAGAGUGGAAAAGUCUCAUCUUUAAUCACUUUGUCCCAGAACUCACGCAUGUCCAAACUAGAGGCCUCGAAUACAAUAGCUGAAAAACCAACAGAAAAACCCGUGCCACAGCAAGUGCCUUCAAUGUCAAGGCCUUCUAGUGCUCGUCUAACCAUGGUUCAGACAGCAACUGGCCGGUUGGGUCCUGAUCUGUCACCAGAUACUCAUAGUCAUGGUCCACAGUCUUACCAAAAUGCCAUAAUGAGUCACCCCGUUGGUUCAGGUUCUGCUGCUUUUAACCAUCCCAGCCCUACAAGUUCUGGAAUAACUCCAUCUACAGCAUACUCACAGUCACCAUCCUUGUUAUCUGCCCCCAUGUUUGUACCGCAGAGCUCUGAAAGGGUAGGCCUAAACUCUGUUCAGUCUGGCUUCUCGUAUGGCAUGGGGACUGUGGAUGUUGUACAGAAUGGGCCUCAGUGGCUUGAAGGUUCUCAAAGGGAUGGCAAUAGGAUUCUUCAUCAUGAUCCUUCUCCUCUGCUUAAUGGCAUUCAAUACCUCGACUUGUACAAGCCUGUAAACGUUGGAUCACGGAAGCAUUUCUCCCCUGAGUUUUCAGCUUCUACUUCUGGAUGUCACACCCAGGGCGUGGUAACAGAUGAGUUUCCACAUCUUGAUAUCAUCAAUGAUUUGCUUGAUGACGAACAAGGGAUUAAAAGAGACAGGACGAACACAGUUUUCCAGUCUCUUUGCAAUGGGCGGCUCUUAAAUCGACAAUUCAGUUAUCCUCGUGAAGUGGGUGAAUCAGGUGACUUGGGGACCUCAUCCAGUUCUGGCAGGAUUGAGCGAUCACAGAGUUACCAAGAUGACAGAUUCCGGCGGGGAUAUAGCCCACCUAGCAGUCAUUUUGACUCGAUGGGGGACUUUUUUCCCCGUUCUAAUCGUUCGUUACCUUAUGCUAAUGGGCACAUUGAUGGGCUGAUGCCAAACCAUUGGCAGCCGACUAGUUAUGACCUAUCUUUACUAGGCGGCACGAGGAAUGCGGAUGGUGAUGGCUAUCCAUAUUAUAGUUCAAAUUUGGCAUGUGGUAUCAAUGGCUAUACUGUCUACCGGCCUUCAAAUGGACAUUGAAGAAACUGUGAUGGAGAUCUUCCUGCUAACCAGUGGGGUGGAAAUUCAUUGUAUUAAUGUAUGAAGGGAUGGUUCUUGGUCUCAGGUUGUAAUGAGGCCGUAACUCUAUUAUCAAAACACAUUUUGUAAAGAGUGUUCUCCUGCAUUGCCUUUGACUCCAGUCUUUGUUCUGAUCAGGCUUUAAUAGACAUUGGGGUCUUGGGUUAAUAGUUGAAGUUGGCAUGAAGAAUUUUGAUUGAC